AUGGAAACAUCAGAAAUUGAAAUACGUAAAAUGGUUGAUCAAACAUUAUUAGCAAAAGCUCGUAAAGCACGAUUCGAUGAUCUACCAAAUUUUUCUGGACAUCCUUCUGAGGAUGUCGAACGGUUUUUAAAAAGCAUUAAAAAUAUAACCAAAGCAACUGAUGAAUCAAAUAAUCAUGAAAUUUUAGAAAUUAUUCGUGGUAAACUAAUUCAAUCAGCUGGAACAUGGUUCGAUAAUAAUGAACCUAAUUUCAAAAAAUGGUCGGAUUUCGAAACUGCAUUUCGAAAUCGAUAUUUUUCUACAACAUCAACUCACAAGAAAUUUGAUACAUUAAAACAACGUAAACAAUUACCGGAUGAACCGAUUACGUCUUUUUUCGACGACAUUAUUAAUUUAUGCCGAGAAAUUGAUUCAAAUAUGUCAGAAAAAAUUAUAAUUCAAUAUUUAAUGAGUGGAAUCAAUUCUGAUUUUCGGAAGGAAUUAUUAAGACAUGAAUCAUCUAUCAAUACAUUAAAUGAAUUUUUAAAAUAUGCAAAAAUUGAACAAGAUUUACAUGAUACAUUCGGUAGUCUAUCACUUGAUUCACAACAACGUCAUUUUAAUCAUAAUCACCCAUCAAUUCCAUCAUUAACUGCUGCAGUUAAUCAACCAAAACAGUAUUAUAAUACAAUGAAGUACAACAAUCCUGUUUCACACUCAACACAAUUACAGAGCUCCGUUUCUCAGCGGAACUCGAUUCCAACACUUGGAAAUCGAACAUUCAUGGCACCGGAUAGAAAACAAAUUCGAAAUUAUCCACCACAAUCGAUAUCACAGAAGAAACUAAGCACUAGUCAACCACUAUCACAACAUCAAUUCAACGACUGUAAAGUUUGUGGUCGUAACAAUCAUCGAACACUUGAUUGUUAUUAUAAACCUGGGUCACAUGAUGGCGGUGUUCCCAGUAAAUUUAUAAAGCCAUCAACAAUAACAUCAUUUCCUGUUUACAUCAAGAUUCGUGUUAAUGAUCAACCAACUGAAGCAAUUGUUGAUACAGGUUCCGCCAUCUCAAUCAUUCAUUUAAAUUUUCUUAAAACUAUUCAUCACAAAAAUUUUAUUUAUAAAAAUCAUACAUGUCAAACAGCAAAUUCAACAUCACUUAAUAUAAUCGGCCAAAUUAAAUUAGAAAUAAAAAUCAAAUCGAUAACAACUUAUGUUGUUGCUUGUGUUGCAACAAAUUUAAUUACAUCAAUAUUAUUAGGAAAUGAUUGGAUUAAUUCGAAUCAUGUUCACCUUUAUGGUGACCAGAAAAAAUUAACUAUUCCUGAUCAACAUGAUCAAUUAAUUUCAAUUCCAUAUGUGGAGCCGACAUGCAUUAAUUAUCCAGCAUUAUUAAUUCGACAAAUUACUCUUCCACCAUAUUCACAACAAUUAGUUGAUAUAAUAUGUCAAAUUAACAAUGCACACAAUCUUAUAUUUGAACCUUAUGAACGUCAUAUAUCAAAAUUUAUUUUCAUGCCACAUACAUUAUUAAAUAUCAAUAAAAAUCAAGCCAAAAUUCGAAAACAAAUAUUCGAAUCGACUAAACAUAUAGAAAAUCCAAAACAUCGAUUAGAAAUUCAAGAUAUUUUAUGGCGAAAUAAAAUAUUAUUUGAUCCUACAUCAUCAAUUAUUAAUAUUCCUCCACAAUCAGCAAUUAAAACUGCUGAUCAUCCACCUAUCUAUUCAAAACAAUAUCCAGCAUCAUCUAAAGAUCAAGAAAUUAAAUUUCAAGAAACACAAAAAUUAUUAGAACGUGGUCAAAUUGAAGAAUCAACUUCACCAUGGUCAUCACCGAUCGUUCUUGUUAAGAAAAAAGACAAAACUAUGCGAUUUUGUAUUGAUUAUCGACGAUUAAAUGCUAUUACAAUUAAAGAUGCAUUUCCAUUACCUCGUAUUGAUGAAAUUUUUGAUCAAUUAUCUGAUGCAACAUAUUACACAAAAUUCGAUUUUAAAUCUGGUUAUUUCCAAGUACCUCUAUCUAAAGAGGACCGACCUAAAACUGCAUUCUCAACUCGUGAUAAGCAUUAUCAAUUUACAGUUCUUCCACAAGGAAUAACAAAUGGUCCAGCAACAUUUCAACCAUAUAUUGAUGAUGUAAUUAUAUACUCAAAAACAUUCGAAGAACAUUUAUCACAUCUCAAUGAAAUUUGUCAAAUAUUAAAAGAAGCUCGUUUUCGUCUCAAUCCAGAAAAAUGUGAAAUUGCUCGAACACAAACUGAUUAUCUUGGACAUCGUAUACAAAAUGGUGAAAUUCGUCCAAGUCCUACCAAUAUACAUGGUUUACUAAAUACAAGAUUACCACAAACGGCAGAUGAAGCUUGUAAAUUUGUUAAAGCAGCGGAAUAUUACAGAGAAUUUAUACCUAAUUUUUCUCAAAUCGCCGAACCACUUCGAAAAUUUGUUCCAACUACACGAACUCAAAAAAAGAAAAGACAAAAAACUAUUAUUACAUUAACAAGUGAAGAAAUUAAAGCCUUCGAACAACUUAAAAAAUUUCUUACAACUGAUCUGGUAUUACGACUUCCAAAUAAUAGAUUCUCUUUUAAAGUACAAACUGAUGCUUCGGAUGAGGGAAUCGCUGCAGUUUUAUUACAAAUUUAUCCCGAAGGUGAUAGACCGAUUGCAUAUCUUUCCAAGAAAUUUACACAAGCACAACGUAAAUGGUCUCCUAUGGAACAAGAAUGUUAUGCAUUUAUAUGUGCAUUAGAUAAAUGGCACAAUUAUUUAAGUGGAAUUACAUUUAUUUGGGAAACUGAUCAUAAAGCAUUAACACAAUUAAAUAAAAAAGCACAAGUUAAUAAACGAUGUGAAAGAUGGAGAUUAAAAAUUUUAGAAUAUGAUUUCAAGGUGAAAUACAUUCCUGGUUUAACAAAUUCUAUGCCUGAUUAUUUAUCAAGAUCUCCAGUUGACGAUGCUGAAGAAGAUCCUGAUGAAACUAUACAUCUUAUUUCAAAAUCAACACAAACCGAUAUUUCAAAUGUUAAUAAUCAUUCAUCUAUUGUCGCAGCUGUUGAAACUCGUGCUAUGAAAUUACGAAACAAAACUUUAAAUGACAUUCCAACUACAACAAAAUUAAUACCAGAUUCUCUAAACACUUCUGUUGAAGAGAAUCGCACAAUUCCAUUUUCAAUCGACGAAUUAAUUCAAGCUCAACAAAAUGAUAAUUACGCAAAAAAUAUUAUAAACAACAUUGAGAAAUAUAAAAAUUAUAUUAUUAAAAAUAAUCUUUUAAUGCAUCGAUCAAAGACUCCAGUCCCUUACGUACCACAAGGUGAUUUCCGAAAAACAAUUUUACAAAUUUAUCAUGAUACUGCAGCAAAUGGUGCUCAUUUCGGAAGAGAUAAAACAAUACAUAAAAUUAAACAACGUUAUUUUUGGCCAUCAAUGUACAAAGAUAUUAAUAAUUAUAUUAAAUCAUGUAUUCCAUGUGCACAAUUCAAUCCUCGUCGACAAAAAAAUCCUGGCACCUUAAGACCUAUUAAACCUCCAGAAGGAGUAUGGCAAUUAGUAUCAAUGGAUUUCCAUGGACCUACUACUCCAACAUCUCAACGUGGAAACAAAUAUAUUAUAUCUCUUACCGAUGUUUCAUCAAAAUUCGUCGUUACAAAGGCUGUACGUGAUAAUACAGCUCAAACAGCUAUUAGAUUUCUUAAAGAAGACAUUAUUUCAAAAUUUGGAACUCCUCGUUGUAUUCUUACUAACAACGGAACACAUUUUACUUCAACGUUAAUGGUUGAAUUAAUUAAACAAAUUGGAGCUACACAUUUAUAUUCAGCACCAUAUCAUCCCCAAACUAACGGUCAAGUUGAAAGAUAUAAUUCAACUAUGGAUGCAAAAAUUGCAGCUUUAUCAAAUUUACGUAAAACCGAUUGGGAUGAUCAAUUAUCAUUUGUUACAUUUAAUUACAAUACUUCAAUUCAUUCCUCAACAAAACAAAUACCAUUCGAAAUGAUGUACGGUCGAUCACCUUUUCUACCAUUCGAUCAUCAAGAUACAAACGUUACCGUAUCAUAUGAUUCUGAACAUGCGAAAAAACUUAGUCAAUUUUUAUCCAAAUUAAACGAACAAGCAAAAAUUCAUAUUAUUAAAAAUCAAGAACGAUAUAAACAACGUUAUGAUAUAAAUUGUUCUGAUCCAACCUACAACAUUGGUGAAUUAGUUCUUUGUAAAACACUCAAUAUCCGUUAUAAAUUCGAUGUUCGUUAUGAAGGACCAUAUAGAAUUAUUCAAAAAAUUACACCGAAAACAUUUAUUAUUCAACACGUCAAAAAAUCAACAUUAUAUCGUCAAGUUAUAACCGACGUGUUAUUACCAAUAUUUGAACGAAUUUAUUAA